AUGAAAUAUUCAUGUAGUCAAUUAAAUGAUUUACCUGAUGAGAUUAUUUUAAAAAAUUUAUUCAAUGUCGAAGUGCUCUACUCUCUAAUAGGUAUUAAUAAUCGAUUUAAUACAAUAGCACAUGAUUCAAUUUUUACAAGUCGUUUAACAUUAACGAGAGAUUUUUUGAAUGAUUCCACUUAUCCUUUAUCUGAUUCAAUGCUUGAUGAAUUUUGUUCACAAAUUUUACCUGAAAUUCAUCAUAAAAACAAAUGGCUUAAUCUUGAAUCAUCAUAUAUGAAAUGGAUUCUUCUUGCAACUAAUUAUCCAAAUAUAUCUGAACUUGGUUUUUACAAUAUUAACAUCGACAAAGUUUUAUCUCCAUUUACUGCUACUGAAGAUGAAAGAACUGAUUAA